CAGUCGGCCGGUGAGGAUGGUGUCAGCUGCGUGGAGGGGAGCGUUCUGCGCGGCGACGGCGCUGCUACUGCUGCUGCAGGUGGUGGGCGCGGCAGAGUUCGCUAGGCAGGGCUACAGCAGGCGACGGGGCAUCAAGAUACCGCGCAUCACCACCACGUCGACGACGAGCACCCAGGCUCCAAAACACCCGCCAAUGCAGAUACCAUUAGACAUCAUCAUGAGACUGAGCGAAAUUGAAAACAUCACAGACUUCCUCGAGAAUUUCGUCGACAGGAACUCUGUUUCACAAGAUGACUUUCUUGCAAGUCGAUUUGGUGAAACUGAUGAACGAAAGGCAAUCCAGCAUGCUAAACUAGCAGUCUGCAAACCUGAGCUCCAGACAGUGCGACUAUAUCCGAAUGACAAUCCACUUGAGGUGGCUUACCCAUCAUGCACACGGAUCGAAAGAUGUGGAGGGUGUUGUGGACACAGCUUACUCAGCUGUCAACCAACGGACAGCGAAAUAGUAAAUUUUCAGGUCUACAUUACAGAAUACAGAGGUGGAGACCUGCUACAGCAGCAACGUAAAGAAGUUGUUUCUGUGGAACGGCACCUUAAAUGCAAGUGCAGCUGUAUAAUUAAAGAGGAGGACUGCAACAAAUUACAGAAAUAUGUACCCAAUGAAUGUGCCUGUACAUGCCAAAAUACAGAUGAGGAAGAAAAAUGUACAAAUCAGCAGAAUAUCAAACUGUGGGAUCCGCAUGAAUGCUCGUGCAAAUGUAGAAAUACUAGGGAAUGUACCACAGGAUUCUUUUUUGAUCCUGACUCCUGCAGCUGCCAACCAACAAACCGAUGGCGAACACCUGGAGUUGAGUUCCCUGGUUCAAGUAUCAUUUGGUGAUAAUCAACAGGAAAACAUUCCAGUGUAAUUAAAAGACCAAGGGAAACUGUUGCAGUAAGCAUGAAUUAACAAUAUCAUAAAAGACCAAAGAGACAAAUCCUCAUUUGCAGCUUAGACUGACUGUAUAAAUUAUUCCUUCUUGUUCUAAUGAAUAAGAACUGUGAGAAACAUAGAAUACAGUUACAGAGGAGAGAAAUGUUGAACUGUGACAUUAGCAAAUGCUACUCUAUACACUGCAAGGUUAAAUUUCAGCUGUACAUAACUUGAGUGCGUGUAAUGUGAGUUAACUCACAAAAAUAUGUAAUGCAAUUUCAUAUGUAUUUAUUUUGUAAAUACUUGUUAAUGUAUUAAACUAGAGGUUAUAAUAAUGUUGAAAUAAAACAUUGUAGGUG